AGUGUUUCUAAUUGGAUGGGGUCGUUCCAACCAGCCCCCCUCACCCCAACCCCCCUCCUCUCUAUCCCCCGCGCGGGUUUAUUGUUACGCACUGACAGUCGGGAUUAUUCGCUGCUCACACACAGUAGCAGCAGACGGGCUUCUCCUCCUCCUCUCAUCUUCCUCACAAAAUGUGGACACCUACUAAGGACUUAUUAUAACCUAUAUCUUCCCGCCGCCGAACACAUCCCCAGCUGAACGAGCCCGGUAAAGAACCAGCCUCGACACAAACAGACCAACAGAACCAGCCUUCAUCCCCACCACCUCCACAAUCCUCCUCCUCCUCCUCCUCCUCCUCCUCCUCCUCACCAGCCGCUCCCCCCUCGUCUCCUCCCCCCCCUCCCCCCCGUCGGUCCCGAGGUGCUCCAGUCGUCCCGUGGCGCCCCCCUCAGGCCUCCGACCUUCAUGCGUCUCCCAGCGUCAGAGCCGAGCUCCUCCCACCACCACCACCACCUCCACCAGCUCCACGACCCCCCCCACCACCACCCGCUGCACGCCGCAGACAGCGCCCGGGCGGACCCCAACGCCGCCGCCGCCGCCGCCGCCGCCGCCGCAAUGAGCUGCCAGCCCGAGUUUGGAGAGGGAGGGUCGGGGGUCACACUCACCCUGCGCCUCCUGAUGCACGGCAAGGAAGUGGGAAGCAUCAUCGGCAAGAAAGGAGAGACCGUGAAGAGAAUACGAGAAGAGAGCAGUGCACGGAUCAACAUCUCAGAGGGCUCCUGUCCAGAGAGGAUCAUCACCAUCACCGGCCCCACGCACUCCGUGUUCACCGCCUUCACCAUGAUCACCUUCAAGCUGGACGAGGACCUGGCAGCUCUGGUAGCCAAUGGCACGGUCACCAGCAAACCUCCAGUCACCCUGCGAUUGGUCAUCCCCGCCAGCCAAUGUGGUUCCCUCAUCGGCAAGGGCGGGUCUAAGAUCAAAGAGAUCAGAGAGUCUACAGGAGCUCAGGUGCAGGUGGCGGGGGACCUCCUCCCUAACUCUACAGAAAGGGGCGUGACCAUCUCAGGGGGGCAGGACUCCAUCAUCCAAUGUGUGAAGCUCAUCUGCACCGUCAUCCUGGAGUCUCCGCCCAAAGGAGCCACCAUCCCCUACAGACCGUCGCCGGCUCCAGGGACUGUUCUACUAUCAGGAAACCAGGUGUUCGAGGCGACUGACUUCGGCUCCCAUCCCCUGUUCUCCAUGGCCCAAGGAGGGGUGGACCUUCAGCAGGCGUAUGCAGUUCAGAGUCAGUACGGCGUUCCACACUCAGAGUUGGCCAAACUUCACCAGCUGUCCAUGCAGCAGCAGGUUCUAGCCCCGAUGAGCCAAUCAGCAACACAACAACUUCUAUCUGGAGCGAUGGACACCAGUUGUCAGACCACGUCUCAGGAGCUCCUCAUUCCAAACGAUCUGAUCGGCUCGAUCAUCGGGCGCCAGGGCACCAAGAUCAACGAGAUCCGGCAGGUGUCAGGGGCGCAGAUCAAGAUCGGCAGCCAGAUGGACAGCAGCAGCGACCGGCACGUCACCAUCUCCGGCACGCCCGUGGCCAUCAACCUGGCCCAGUACCUCAUCACCUCCUGUUUAGAGACUGCCAAAUCCACCGCCCAGACCUCCUCCAUGCUGCCCUCCGUAGACCUCUCCAUGAGCUUCACCCAGCCCGUCCCCCCCGCCCCCCCCACCUCCUCCUCCUCCUCCUCCUCCUCCUGCGCCUCCCUGGCCGCCAUGGGCGCCGCCAUGUCCCACGCCCCCAUGCUGGGCGGCCCCUACGCCGCCGCCCUGCCCUUCUCCGGCCUGAUGGGGGUCAAGUCCUUCCCCUACCACCACCUGGCGCUGUCCUCCCCCGGCGCCAUGGGGGCGCCCGGGAUGGGGGCCCCCGGGAUGGGGGCCGGCGGCCUCGGCCCCGCCGCCGCCAUGUCCAUGUCCAUGAUGCCCCAGUCGCACGCCGCCGCCGCCGCCGCCGCCGCCCUGGCCUCCUACACCGCCAAGAUCUCCUCCAGCGCGGGCGCCAACGGCGUGAAGAAGCCCGACCGGCAGAAGUUCGCGCCGUACUGAGCGGGGAGGCUGAGGAUGGCGGCGGCGUCGUCGAGGAGCGACGGUUGCCGUGGUAGCGUCGGCUGCGUCGGUCGCCGUAGCCGAAACCGGACGGGGCAGAUACUCGCUUUUCUUCUCCUCCUUUCUCUUAUUUUUCUCCCCCUCCUCCCGUCUGUUUUAUAUUAUUAUUUUUACGAUUUUCUACCGUUUUUAUAAUUUACGUUCCUCUCUUUUUUUUUCGUCUUUCUUCCAGCUGCCACGUAGCAACAGAUGACAUCACAUGCCUCUGUCCUUUCCCUAUUCGUUAGUAUCUUCUUCUUCUUCUUUGUGUAGUGUCGAUCUGCCUCGUCAGUCAGAGUACAGUACAGCCGGAGCGGUAACCGUGGCGACACUGUUGUUUCCGCGGUCGUGGGCCGGUUGAGCCUGUAAAAGCCAUAUUAAGACUAAUAAGCUUUUUUCUCCUCCCCUUGCUUGUUUCUUGCUCCCCCCUUUCUCUCCCUGAUUCUAUUGUAUACUCUCGUAUUUAUUGACUAAUAUACAACUAUUCCCUCAGAGAGUUUGUAUCACCCGUCACUAACACUGCGCUGAAGGAACUCAGCCUUUAUAUAUGAUGAUGUCUACUUCCUGUGUAUGACCAUUUCCUGUAUACCACUUUCUCUCUUUUUUUGCUUUUUUUUUUCAAAAGAGUUUUCGAAUAAUAAUUAAUAAUAAAAAAACAGCAGGUUAAAAGAUCAGCUCUUUGACGCUAACAGUUUGUACCUUUGUUCUAUUUUUAUUUUGAAAUGUUACUUUUUUUAAGUUAUUUUUAACUUAUUGAGGUUGGUAGCUAUUAUAUUAACAGUUUAGAAGACGUUUUUGUUUCGGUUAAUACUGUUCACGACUAGAUUCUACUCUUUCUGUUCUGUGCCUGGGUCGGGUUUGACUCAGUGACUUAAAACGAUUCCUUUCAGUUGUUUCCUUAAAGAAGAACGUGUAUCACUGUACUAUUAAAGAUGAUAAUCAGAUGUUUCCGUAAGUUAGACGUUUAAAGUUGUGUUUUCUGUCGCCACGUCAUUACGCCAUACACACAUUCAGAAUGGAGAGGUGCUUCGAACGGGAUUCACUGACAUCCAAUGAACUACAAUAGAACAGAAUAGAAUCAGAUAGAAUAAAACUGCACUGGUACGUAGAAAGGUGAGUACAGUACAUCUAGACACCGGAUCGAACCAAGUGUGACAUCCCAAGAGGGGUUUCCUCCCAGAUGUUUUUACAGUCGACCAGGGAGGUUUGUGGAUGGACACUCCCAUCUGUGAGGUCCCAAAAGGGAUCGAUUUUGAAAGGGCUUGGAACAAACAACCCACCUCAGCCGCACGCCCGCUGGUAAAAGAAGGGCCCGUUGAAGUAUGGUGGACGAAUUUGCAGUCGCAUCCAACCGAAAAACUGCCACCAGUCCCUUCACCCCUCCACCCAAAGCCACUCCCCCUAAACACGCGACUAGCUCGCUGGCUUUAGCGAUAGCUCCUCCUAGCUUUGCUGAAGCCUCCAGUCAUGCGUAAUGAGAGCAGGGAGGCAAAGUGUGUCCAGGUAGCCGGGUAGCGAGGUAGACAGACAGUCGGGCCAUCCAAUAAUUUCCUAGCCCCGGGCUACGUGGCCUGCCAGAGCCACAGCCACCCGAGUUCUGUUUUUUUCGUAGCAUUUGAUCUAUUGAUUGCUGUCAGGAUGUAAAGAGAAUUUCAACCACUUUGGAAAUAAUUUCAUCUAGAGCAGCCUGUAGAAGCUCUGACAAUGACAUGGAAACAUGGAAUUGGGUCUUCUAUCAUGGAUUUGAACUGAGCGUGCUCAAAGUGCACCAUGGUGCAUCAUUACUCUAAUCACUCUGUAACGAUGCAGUCAGUCUUUACUGAGCCAACAUGCCCUCUCUGGGGGACCUAGAGCCCACACACUGAUCUGAGAGUUACGCUCAACAGAAUGGGCACCGGGCAGGGUACUGUGGCGGUGGAGGGGAGGUGUGGCUCCAUCUGUCUUGUAGUGCUAUUCUUUUUAUUUUUCUAUUGUGGUUCUAUUGUAGUUCUGUGACGGGAGGAGAAAACGGCGGAAACUCCUGUCAGAGGAUCCCAGAUUACUGCUGCAUGUUCGCUUGGCCUCACUAACAGAUACACACACACACACACACACACACACACACACACACACACACACACACACACACACACACACACACACACACACACACACACACACACACACGGUCCAAAAUAAAAUAGUCAUUGCGUUCAGUUGUGAAUCUCGAAAUCUAACCGAAUUACCGAAAGGUCCAGAAAUUCGCUUUCAGACAAAAUUUGUUGGCACAAAAACAUUUCAACAAUCAUACGUUAAUUGAAAUUCUAGAUACAAUUUCAAUAAUUGAGAGACAACGAACAGUAUAUAUUUUCUCCUGUGUUCGAUAAUUUAUAAACUUAUUCUAGGACUCAAAGCUGAAUCGAACCAGUUGAUUCCCUCUCUCCUUCACUGACAGAAGACAAACCAUCGUACACUGAACCAGAUACACCAAUCACUCGGCCCCACGUGUGUGAACGUGUGAGAGAGUGUGUGUACUAGCUGUGACAAAAAAAAAAACUUUAUCUAAGUUAGUUGGGAAAUGCAUUAAAUAAUUUGUUGUCUCCUGUAUGUUUAUUUGUUUGUUAGAUGGUUUGUGUGUUUUUAAUUAUAUUAAUAAUAAUAAUGUGGUAUAUUAUACAAGUUCACUUAUUUUUAUAGUCACAUGUUCUUGUCCAAACUCACCUCUUUCACCCAUCCUCCAUGUUGUUUUUGCCUCUUUUGUUCCAUUUGAACUACAGUUAAACUUUUCCCUGCUCAUUUGCAUGAGUUUGACUUGAAUUGACUUCUAUGCAAAGCAUCUCUGGGUGGUUCAGCCGAGGAUUCUGGGAGAUGGUGUUUUGGGGAACUGUGAACAUGCUAGUUAGGCUAUCGCUAAAAUGGUAAGGGCUACCGUAGACCAAGGCUUGUUAAGUUUUCUCCAAACAAUUCUUCUGGAAGCUUCUAUUUGAUAUCAACUGACUGAUCAAAGGCCUUUUAUUAUUUUAUUAUUACUAAAACAGCAGAUAUCUCAAGUAUCUGUCAACAGUAAAGAACUAAAUCAGCUUGUCUCGAUAUCUCGCUCCAGCAAUUGAAAAGGCUAUGCUAGUUGUCAGAUGAAAUACUUAUAUAUAGAGCUGUCAGUGGUUCACUGCAGACUUCUGUGUAACGCAACAUUUAGGAUUAUUCACCUUAAAUUUAAAACCAAAUGUCCUCUGUGCCUUAGCUCUUAAUAACCACGUAAAGCAGAGGAGAACCCUGGAUAAACCGCAUUCUAAAGGAAACAAGCAAACGCCAACGAUAGAACGUUCACAUUAGAACGUCAACAUUAGCGGGUUAACAGUAGAACAUCAUAAAGAGAAAUUGAAAAAAAACAGACCAACACUGUUCUCGCGGCCGUAGAUUAACGUGAUGCUGAAGGGGAGGAUCUUUGAGGUUCACUCAAGAGUAGAAGCAGCUAAUUAGCCGUUAGCGUAGCAUAGUGCUCUCACAGUCAACGUGUGGCACAGAGCAGUCAUGGCCAACACUGUAGCUGGUAAGGACCGGGUAGCAUCGAGCUAACAAGGCUACGUCAGCUUAGCGUUCAAUGUAAGCUGAACUGGCUAAAGAAGCUAAAGUAUCCGAACAAGCUUUGGUCAAACAUAGAAAUCAACUCUGUACAUGUGCUCUCAUUCCAACACGCACUGUGAAAACACACACACACACACACACACACACACACACACACACACACACACACACACACACACACACACACACACACACACACACACACACACACACACACACACACACACACACAUUGUGAAGAAGCCACAGAGUUCAAAGGGGUAUUAAUAUUGAUUAAUAUUGAUGUUACUAAAAUAAUGAUUAUUAUUGUAUUGCACUUGAACAUGAAAAGUCCAUUAUGGGAAGAUAAUCAACUGAGUUUAAAGUAUAAGGUACGAUUUUGUACUAAGGUACUGCGGUAUUGUACUAGGUGCUGGGAUAGUCUGAGUACUACCCAAUCUUGUAUUUCGAGAGAUGUGUGUGUUUAUAUUCUCUUCGGCUGAUAUGUUUGUGAUUCCUCUGUUUUCCUUCUCCUCCCUGCCACGUUCUAAUAAACAUAAAACUCACUGACACCACAA